CGUUCUCUUUUUCUGUUUUAUACUUUUCGAAUUGUCUUUUUGGCUUUGAUGUUUGAUUUGCGUUUGUUUUUAAUUUACCAUAAUCCUAAAAAUUCUUCACUCUUUUAAAAAUCAAAUGCAGUUCACAAUAUUUAACUCACUUCCGAAACCCAAAUCAUGACCAGCUUAAAGUCUCCCAAUAAACUUUCCGAACCAAAUCUCGAAACCAUUUGUCGUCUGUGCCUACACCAGCCCGAAAAUGGCAGCAUUAACAUUUUCCAAAGACAAUUAUUAUCGAUUCCGGUGCGAAUUAUGGCCUGCGCUGACCUAGAAGUUCAAAACGGUGAUGGCCUGCCCAGUUUGAUUUGUGAGAAGUGUCGCUACCAACUGGAGGUUUCUUAUUAUUUUCGCAAGAAGUGCCAAAUAUCCGAUGGCAAGCUGCGGAAACACAUCCGCAUGCUAAAUGCUGGCAAAAAGAGUCGCGUCUUCGUCAAAUCCAGCGAUGAAGACGACGAUGAGGACGAAGAGGAACUUCACUGUAAGCAAUCGAUUGGGUUCAUCGAAGCCAUAGAUGCUCGCAAGAAAGCCGAAGAGGAUGAGAAGAACCAGAAAUGGCUCGAAGAGCAGAGAGAACAAAUGCGACGUGAAGAAACUCAACGAUUGUCCGAAGAGUUAAGGGUGUUUAUGCAAUCUCGGGUUUCGGUGCCGAAGAGUAUGAAACAAGAAAACAAUCCAUUUUCUACUCCAUCUUCACAAACACAAACAGCACCAACCAAAUGUUCUCGACAAAAGCGCGACAAACCUCAAGAAGUGUCAAGGCGAGCACAGUCGAAGGCAGCCUCUCUUGGCCAAAUACAGCGACGAGAACAGCAACAACAUCUGCAGCAACAGCACGAAGAACAGCUUCAACAAGAAGCAGAAGCUGACAACGAGAUAACUUCCUCCGAACAGAUUCCCGACGAACAGGCAAAUGAACACGAGCAGGAACAUGAUCAAGACCAGAGUAUGUUCUACAGCGACGACAAUGGCGGCGAGGAAAACUCGGAAAUGUUGAGGUACGAAGCAAAGAACAACGGCGAAGGUGAAGAUCAUCGAAAUCACCAAAUAAUUCACAUUGGAAGCGUUGAUGAUGAGGCUGAGAUGUUGGAGAAUAUGUGUGAGGAAGAGGAAGGCAUGGCCGAGGAUAUAUCUGACGAGAAUGAAAUGGAAGGCAAGGCCAACACCGAGGCCGAGGAGAUGGAUGAGUUCAUCUUCUUGGCAGACUCUGAUGAUUCCAAUCCUGACGUAGGGCAGACUGAACAAGAUUGUGUGGUCGAAUCCUACCAAAUCGAGGAAAAUGGAGACAUUCAAUAUCUGAAGGAUGAAAGGAGGGACGACCACGAUGAAGAUGACAUCCAUUCAAUCCAACUCGAUAACAGCUCUGAUUCAAAAUAUGUCGUUGAAGAUGUUGGUAUAGUCAAUGUUCAAAAACACCAAAAGAAAGUAAAACCGGAAAAAAAUAAGAAACCAAGAAAGAUGCAAUUGCCAGUUAUAGAUAAAGCCGUGACACUCUUAAGUGACAACGUCUUAUCGGACGACUUGAGGAUAUUCAAAUGCAGUGAAUGUCCGCAGUCAUUUACCGGAGCUAAAUCCCUGCUUCGUCAUCGUUCCGCGCACAAGGGCGGCCGGGAGUAUUGUUGUGACUACUGUGAGAAGUUCUUCUCCUGCAAGAGCUCCCUGGACCGUCACAUUCGCAUUCACACUGGCGUAAAACCCUACACCUGUGAUCAGUGCGGCAAGAAUUUCAUGCAAAAGGAAAUCCUCAAGCGUCACGAGACCAUACACACCGGCAACCGUCCCUACCAAUGCCCCCACUGUCCAAGGUCCUUUGUGCAGAGAUCAUUGAUGAAGCAACACAUCAAUGCGGUGCAUCUGGCCGUGCCACAAAUUACCAAAAACGAAUGCCAUUUGUGUCCCAAAAGUUUUCUUCACCCAUCCGGAUUGAGUAGACAUCUCUUGACACACAAGGGAAUGUUGUUUUCGUGUCCCGGUUGUGGUCGGACGUUUAAUGAUAAAAGUUCACUUCGCAGACAUUUUUCGGCAGUUCACGUUAAGAAAGGACAAAGUUUUGUAACAAAAGCCGAACCGAACGACGAAAAUGACUCAUCUAAUGACUUUUUAACUUCAUAAGAAUAAAUAUAUAUAAAUUAUUAUAUAGAUAGUUUUGUAGUACAAAGAAAAGAAAAAUAUAUUUGUUAAGAAUUUCAUUUAA